UGCGAAAAUAUCUACAGUGGAGGUUUAUGUUGGCUGUAGUCUGAUUGAUUUUACAUAGAUGGCGUUACAGACAUUUUUCUGAAAAUUUUCUGCAUCAUGUAGCAGAAAAAAAAUUGAUUUAAAAUAUUACCUGAAACGUACUCGCUGUAAAACAUUUAUUUAUGGGAUUUUUACCCUAUUAUUUUCAUGUAUUAUUAGAAAUAUCGUGAAUGCUUUAGAAUAUUACAGUAAACAAGAGCUCAUUUUAAUUACCCACACUCAAUGUUAGAAUAAAAAGGUUCAGAACGAAAAAGGACAUAUAACAGUAGAUUAAAAUGUUACGCAGACAAGCAAGACUCCGCAGAGAAUAUUUGUAUAGAAAAUCUGUUCAGGAUAAAUUGAAAAGCAUACAAGAAAAAAAAGAAAAACUGAAACGCAGUUUAGAGGAAAAUAUACCAAUACAUCCAGAUCUUAGAAAAGAUGCAUUACGUAUACAAAGAAGUUUGGAUUGGGAAGAUGCUGGGCCAGAAUUGGCUGUUGCUAUGGGUACAGAAAUGGGUGGAGCAUUAGCCUCUCAUGAAGAUGACGAAUACAGAUGGGCUGGAGUAGAAAAUCCAAAAAUUGUAAUCACCACCUCUCGGGAUCCUAGUUCUAGAUUGAAAAUGUUCGUUAAAGAAUUACGUUUAAUAUUUCCUAAUUCUCAACGGAUGAAUCGAGGAAAUUACGAAAUGAAACAGCUCAUACAUGCCUGUAGGGCAAAUGAUGUUACAGACUUUAUAAUUGUACAUGAACAUAGGGGUGUACCAGAUACUCUUAUCAUUUGUCAUUUACCAUAUGGACCUACCGCGUACUUCACAAUGUCAGAUGUUAUUAUGAGACACGACAUACCAGAUAUUGGAACAAUGUCAGAACAAUAUCCUCAUCUUAUUUUUCACAACUUUAAAACGAAGUUGAGUGAAAGAGUUACUAGCAUUUUGAAGUAUUUAUUCCCUGUGCCCAAGGAAGAUAGUAAAAGAGUAAUUACUUUUGCAAAUCACGACGAUUAUAUAUCUUUUCGACACCACACUUAUAAAAAAGUCAGUGGGAAGGACGUUGAAUUAACAGAAAUAGGACCAAGAUUUCAGUUGAAGCUCUAUGAAAUUAAACUUGGUACGUUAGACGCAGAAGCAGCUGCAGAUACAGAAUGGGCUUUAAGACCUUACAUGAACACUAGUUAUAAAAGAAGAUUUUUAUCUGAGGAAGAUGGAUGGCAGCAAGAAGAUGAUAUAUAGAAUUAUUAUUUUCAUUAAUGCAAAUAAAUUUUUUAAUGUUAUAAAUAUGUUUAUUGAACCA